GAUUCGGCACCGAUAUAUGACAUCAGUUCAAUCAAGGUGCCAGUAUAUGUGUAUUGGAGCGACAACGAUUGGCUAGCCGAUGCAGUAGAUGUUGAAGUCAGUAAUAAAAAAAACUUCAUUGCUGUCGAAGUUGCCGGUAACGACAGUGAAAGUGAAAAGAAAAUUGUCGGAUUUCAAUCAUCUCGACUUCAUAUGGGGCCUUCGCGCACCUAUCGAGAUCUACCAUCCAAUCAUAAAACUCAUUCAAGAACAUGAAACCUUGAGAACUACUUAUUAAUU